UGUGUGUUGGGAUUGGUCCUCUCCGCUGUCCGUCCUCACGCUGUGUGGGGAAGAUGAAGCCACCGCGGAAGAAGCAUGGGGAGCUCAGCAAGGCUGAGCUGAUGAUGAAGACCAUCGCCGACAUCAUUAAACAGCUUGCAGAAGCUCAUGAGCAAGGAAAAGAUGUCAACCUAAACAAGUUGAAGACCAAAACAUCAGCCAAGUAUGGACUGUCUGCCCAGCCCCGGCUCGUGGAUAUCAUCGCCGCCGUGCCGCCGCAGUACCGGAAAGUUCUGGUGCCAAAGUUAAAGGCGAAACCCAUCCGUACUGCCAGCGGGAUCGCGGUGGUCGCUGUCAUGUGCAAACCCCAUCGCUGUCCUCACAUAAACUUCACCGGGAAUAUCUGUGUGUACUGUCCAGGCGGUCCGGAUUCUGAUUUUGAAUAUUCGACCCAAUCUUAUACGGGAUAUGAGCCGACAUCAAUGCGAGCUAUCCGCGCUCGCUAUGACCCCUUCCUGCAGACACGGCAUCGAGUGGAACAGCUCAAGCAACUGGGGCACAGCGUGGACAAGGUGGAGUUCAUUGUGAUGGGGGGGACCUUCAUGGCUCUGCCUGAGGACUACAGAGACUACUUCAUCCGCAAUCUCCACGACGCCUUGUCUGGGCACACUUCCAACAAUGUUUCUGAGGCUGUGCGGUACUCUGAACGGAGUAACACAAAGUGCGUGGGAAUCACCAUAGAGACUCGGCCGGACUAUUGCCUGAAGCGUCAUCUGAGCGACAUGUUGUCUUACGGCUGCACCAGGCUGGAGAUCGGCGUGCAGAGCGUGUAUGAAGAUGUAGCCAGAGAUACCAAUCGGGGUCACACGGUGAAAGCAGUGUGUGAGUCGUUCCACAUGUCUAAAGACGCUGGGUUUAAAGUAGUGUCUCACAUGAUGCCGGAUCUGCCAAACAUGGGCCUGGAAAGAGAUAUCGAGCAGUUCAUUGAAUUCUUCGAAAACCCCGCCUUCCGGCCAGACGGCAUGAAGCUGUAUCCGACUCUGGUCAUCCGUGGUACUGGCCUCUAUGAGCUCUGGAAAACCGGAAGAUACCGCAGUUAUUCACCUAGCACAUUGGUGGACUUGGUGGCCAGGAUCUUGGCUCUCGUUCCACCAUGGACCCGAGUUUACCGAGUGCAGAGAGAUAUUCCCAUGCCACUGGUCAGCUCUGGGGUAGAGCAUGGAAAUCUUCGAGAGCUGGCCUUAGCACGGAUGAAAGAUCUUGGUACAGAGUGCCGUGACGUAAGAACCAGAGAGGUGGGGAUCCAGGAAAUUCACCACAAAGUCCGACCGUAUCAGGUGGAAUUAAUUCGGAGAGAUUACGUGGCCAAUGGUGGCUGGGAGACCUUCCUGUCCUAUGAAGACCCAGAGCAGGACAUUCUGAUUGGCCUGCUGCGUCUACGGAAGUGCUCGCCAGAGUCAUUCAGACCUGAGCUGAAGGGAGGAGUGUCCAUAGUGCGAGAGCUUCAUGUAUACGGCAGUGUGGUGCCCAUCAGCAGUCGAGACCCAUCCAAGUUCCAGCACCAGGGAUUUGGGAUGUUGCUGAUGGAGGAAGCAGAGAGGAUAGCACGGGAUGAGCACGGCUCAAGGAAAAUUGCAGUAAUAUCCGGU